GAAAGUACAGUAGUGCCCAUUGCCCAUGCAAGUGUCUUUUGUCCCCUUGCUUCCGUCAAGCCAAGCUCAAAGCCCGGUGUUGUUCGGACGGAAAAACCAUAACGUAUCAACCUAUCAGAGCGGGGCCGGAUUGGCAAAGCGAGACCAACCGACACCGCCCAAAACUUCCGUGGCAGAAAAAUUCCCAGUUAGCGGUUGAAUCACUGAACUGGCAGACGUUUCAAUAACGACAAUCCUACAUUGGGACAAUUUCUCUCACACCAAACUAUCCCCCACUGAGAAUCCAAUCUUUUUCGGGCCUUUCGUCGAGGCAAUUGACCGACCACACAAAAGAGUCAACCCAACUCAGAGCCGCCGCCAUGCCCAAAUCAAAACGAGCCAAGGUCUUCCACCUCACCCAGGUGACCAAGAAGACGCGCGAGCAAAAGGACAAGCUCUUCUCCAACAUUCGCGAGUGCAUCCCCCAAUACCAGCACUGCUUCGUCUUCAGCGUCGACAACAUGCGCAACAACUACCUCAAGGACGUGCGCCACGAGCUGUCCGACUGCCGCAUCUUCUUCGGCAAAACAAAACUCACCGCCCGCGCCCUGGGCACCACCCCGGAAGACGCCCAAGCCGACGGCCUGCACCGCCUGACACCUUACCUCUCAGGCUCCGUCGGCCUGCUCUUCACCAACCGCUCCCCCGAAGCCAUAACCACCUACUUCUCCUCCCUCACGCACAUCGACUUUGCGCGGGCCGGCACUGUGGCCACGCGCACCAUUACCGUCCCCCCCGGCGUCGUCUACUCGACAGGCGGCGAAGUCCCCCCGGAGCACGACGUCCCCGUCUCCCACACGCUCGAGCCUGAGCUUCGGCGCCUGGGCAUGCCGACGCGCAUGGUCAAGGGGAGAGUGUGCCUGGGCGGCGACGAGAGCGGGGCGGGCAGCGCGCAAGGGUACACCAUCUGCAAGGAAGGCGAGGUGCUCGACUCGCGGCAGACGAGGCUGCUCAAGCUGUUUAGCGUGUGCAUGAGCGAGUUCCGGGUCGGGUUGCUGGCGUAUUGGAGCGCGGCGACCGGGGAGGUGACGGAGCUGGAGGCGGGCCGGGAGCGGAUGCUGGAGAGGCGGGGGAAGGGCGGGGAUGGGGCUGGGGAGUGGAUGGAGGAGGAUGGGGAGGAGGAAGGGGAUGAUGACGAGUGA